UGAGUCAGGAAGCACUUCAUCAUUACCUGAAGUUUCAUGGUUUUCUUCAAAUGAAUGUAUUCUCAUUAUUGCCUUCCCAAUUGUGACUGUAAUUCUGUUCUGGGGACAGCUUUGUUUUAUAAUGUUUAAAUAUAGAUCCAAUCUUAUGGAUAAGAAAAUUAUUAUUUUAUCAGUUGAAGGACUGUUGCUCAUCCUAACUGCCAUCUUUGGAGCCCUUUAUUUCACGCCAGGAGAAUAUUCCAAAAAGAGAGUCCGUGGACUUCAUUUACUCGUAAGUCCUUCAGUGCUUUUAGUAUUACUUCAAUUCUACAGAUUCACUCCAGGUAUUGGGAUCACUAUAUAUGUUAUGAGCAUAUUAUCAAGCAUUCAGUUGGUGGGCUAUAUACUUGCUAUAAUUGGAUUGCAUCUUUGUAUCUCUGCAUGUAUAGCAGUGCAUGGCCCUCUUUUAAUUUCAGGUUUGGUUAUCAUUGCUCUAGUAGAAUUACUUGGACUAGUUUACAUGAUAUUUAUGGUUCCACAAAUAUAGCUUCCAGAAGACAUAAAGGCACAAGCAAUGCUGUCUUUCUUCCUCAUUCUUAUACUUUCUCUCAGUGGAUUUUAAGGCUCUUUCUAAUCUGUUAUCUGCAGCCAGAAGCAAAGCCACUAUAAAGGCAAG